CUUUCGAGUCAUCGACCUUGCAGUGUAACGUUCAAUUCAUACUUGAUUCAUACCAUCAUCAUCGCAGGAAUGGCGUCGGCGUCGGACGUAGAGGCCAAGUACAAUUUGAUCACGCGGAGGCUGCAAGAAGUUCUAGGUGGUGACUCGAUCAAGGCCAUUCUCGCAGAAGGCAGACCGCCGAAGGCUUACUGGGGGACUGCGCCUACUGGAAGGCCACACAUCGGUUACUUCGCCCCAUUAACCAAAAUCGCUGAUUUCUUGAGAGCUGGCGUGGAGGUCAAGAUUUUACUUGCUGAUGUACACGCUUUCCUCGACAACCUAAAGGCUCCUCUAGAGCUUGUCGCCCACCGGACAAAAUACUACGAAUUUGUCCUCCGCACUGUCUUCACCUCGUUAGGGAUACCCACAUCAAAAUUAAUAUUUGUUCAAGGCUCAGAUUACCAGCUUACCCGCGAAUACAAUCUCGACAACUAUAGAUUAUGCGCGACCGUGACAGAGCAUGAUGCGAAGAAGGCCGGCGCAGAGGUUGUGAAACAAGUCGAGAGUCCACUUCUCAGUGGCUUGCUUUACCCUGGCUUGCAGGCUCUUGAUGAGCAGUACCUCGGUGUUGACUUCCAGUUUGGCGGGGUCGAUCAGCGUAAAAUUUUCACGUUCGCAGAACUCUAUCUUCCUCGGUUAGGCUACGCCAAACGCGCCCACCUCAUGAAUCCCAUGGUUCCAGGUCUAAUGGGGGGUAAGAUGUCAUCUUCGGACCCAGAUUCGAAGAUAGACUUCCUUGACCCUCCCGAAGCUGUUAAGCGCAAGAUCAAGAAAGCUUUCUGUGAGGAGGGCAAUAUCACAGAGAAUGGACUUCUUGCGUUCAUCGAAGCUGUACUCAUACCGAUCAGUCAGCUUCGCAUCGAACGUCGGAAGGGAGAGACAGGUGUGGACAGUGAAGAAGGUCAGGGUGCGAUCGGCGACCAAAAUCCAUUUGUAGACGAUGAUGCACCAGAGGGGACUGUGUUUACCAUCAGACGAGAGGGCAAAUUCGGUGGUCCCCCAAGUCAUUACAAGGACUACAAGGAGCUGAAGGACGAUUUUGCGGCGAAAAAGAUUCACCCUAGUGAUCUCAAGACAGCUGUGAACAAGGGGAUUGAUAGUUUGUUGGCACCGAUUCGAAAGGCCUUUGUUGAGUCUCCAGAGUGGCAACAAGUAGAGAAAUUGGCGUACCCCGAUCCAAAUGCGAAAGCAGAACCUAAGAAGAAGAAGGAGAAGGUGUACCAUCCGCCUCCGCCUGGGAAGGGCAAGAAUAUGACCAAAGCCUCUGCCGAGUCGAGUGAACCACCGCCAUCUAUCAGCGAAAGUACUCAACCGGGGACUACUGGCGAGCUCUAGAAUGAUUUUAAUUAGCCAUGAGUGCAAGAAGUACGACGCAUGAAAUGUAUGAUUGACAUCGAUACAACAUUGAUAUGCACG